AUGGAGCUGCAGCUGGACGACCUGCACCUCAUAUGGGAAACUGAGGAAGUGAUAGAUUGGAACUACAGAGAUGUAGUCGUGCCUAAGUUGCAAGUAGCAGACUCGCCCAUCUGGAAGCACCCAGUCCUGUGCUGCAGUAAAGACAGCAUCCUCAAUGCCCUUACCACCCUCCCCUCCAACGCUCUGCAGACAGAAGCACUGAAACUCUUUAAGUCAUGCCAGUUGUUCAUCAACGUGCUGGUGGAAGCACCUUCAAUUGACUACCACGUGUCGUUGGCUCAGAACGCACUUCAGGUUUGCCUGACGCACACCGAGCUACAGAACGAAAUCUACUGUCAGUUCAUCAAGCAGACCAGCAACAGGCAGUCACACAACUUCUCCCUCAUACAGUGCUGGCAGCUCCUGGCGCUGUGUGUCGCUCUUUUCCUACCCCAGCAUCACUUCCUGUGGUAUCUCAAGCUUCACCUCCAGCGCAACGCGGACCCCAGGACAGAGAUUGGCAAAUACUCCAUCUACUGCCAGAGGUCAUUGGAACGCACACUGCAGAACGGGGACCGUGAGGCCAAGCCGUCGCGGAUGGAGACAAUGUCGAUCCUCCUUCGAAACCCUUAUCACCACUCUCUGCCAUUCAGUAUCCCUGUCCACUUCAUGAAUGGAACUUACCAGGUCGUGGGGUUUGACGGUUCCACCACUGUGGAGGAAUUCCUGAACACGUUGAACCAGGAGAUAGGAAUGCGGAAAGCAUCGCAGUCGGGAUUUGCGCUCUUCACAGAUGACCCCUCUGGAAAGGAUCUGGAGCACUGUCUACAAGACACAGUGAAGGUAAACACAAAAUACUCUGCAGAUGCUGGGGUCAAAGCAACACUCACAACGCGCUGGAGGAACUCAGCAGGUCGAGCAGCAUCCGUGGAAACGAUCAGUCGAUGAACAGUCCUGACGAAGGUUUCCAGCCCGAAACGUCGACUGCACCUCUUCCUAGAGAUGCUGCCUGGCCUGCUGCGUUCACCAGCAACUUUGAUACCCAAACACAGACACACUCUCGCUUCAUACACAAACACAGACACACACUCGCUCCAUA